GCGGCGGGUACGAGCGGAUGUCACUCCCCAUCGUGGAAUUGUGUCGGACGCCUUAUGUCGUCAGCUGUACGCGGAGCAACAAGCGGGUCUGCAAGUUGUAGGGUCUGAUUUUCUCGUGUCGUCCGGUGCUGUCGGAUCGGGAGUCAUUCCGAAUAACAUAGAGUCGAUGCCGCGGCAGGUUUAUCCUACUGGAUCUGGGGGUCAAGCAGACGUAGCGUUUUUGAAGAAGGUUCGCGGUCAUAUGCAGAACGUAGGAGGAGCAUCAAGUCCUCAACUUUCAUCGCAAUCGGCCGGACCAUCUAAGGCGUCAUCGUCGUCUCCUGCACAAAGGAAAAAUGCAAAGGGCAAGGAAGCAAAUAAGCGGAGCAGGUCUGCUAUGGUGCAGAGGGACAGCUUUACGUGCAGUAGCCGCGAGGGUGCGAUUAAGCGGGUGAUUGUGCAUAAAUAUAUGGCGCACCGAGUUUCGCAUCGAACCGGUAGGGAUGACGAGUAUGUUGUGGGAUUCGCUGUCGUGGAAACUAGUAACACGAAGAACAGCAGCACCUUUCCCUCUCCGACGAAGAAGGAGUUUUCUGUGGUUCUGGAAUGCCGCUCAAGUAUAUGGGAGCACAGUAUACCAAACAUUGCCCAAGCGAUGAAAACGCGAGCGUCCCUUUCCGAUUUACGCGAUAAAGUAGAUAUGACUAAUGUGAAAACGAGAAAGACGGGGGGCCGCAACGGGGACUCUAUCCCUGUUGGUGCCGUCUUGGGUCUCCCGAUCAUGUCGCGGACUCUUUGGGUUUCGGAAGAUCCGAGACAUGUUGAGGAAACAUCAAGAAAUCAGAUAUCGCGAGAGAGACUUCCCAGUGGACAGGAAAGACGUAGAAAUCGGGGUGACCGCGACAGUGUCGCUACGAUCUUACAGGACGGCGCCGCCCGUGCUGGCCGCGACAGCACUGCGACCAUCCUGCCUGCGUCUUACCUUGGAGUCACGGGCAGCCCCGGGACUCCGCUAUCGUCUCCGAAUGGCUCCUCAAGUCAAGUUUAUGCUGGUACAGGCACCUCGAGUUCGAGAACGCAGGUACAACUGGCUGCAGGCGGGGCUCAGACGAUUUUCAAGGACAGCGGCAGUGGGUCUGACAAGGAGUCCUCAGGUUCGACAAGUGGCAGUUCGCCUUCGUCCGUUUCUGAGAGAAGCCAGAACGAGUCUCCAGCCCCGCCACCCGCGGCAGACGCUUUUCCUGAACAACGCACCCUCAGUUACGAACUUACGGCUUCGAAUCUAGCGCAGGUUUCCGCAUCGGCCGAGGACCUUUACGGGAUGGCAGAUCAUCAAAGGAGUGAGGACGACCACCGACUCGAUACAAUCACUGGCAACAACGUGAUCGACACUUCACUCGAUAUUGAUGAGGUAAGCCUACAGGCGGGAAAGGGCGAUGCAUCCGCAACAAAAAGUCCUCACAACCGCUCGAUGGACUUUCCGGGUGAAGAGGAACAGAGAAGUGAUCCACCUUCACCCACUUCUAAAAAAGUAUCAGCAUCAUUCGCUCGACGAAGCUCGACAAAAACGGAAGAUGACGAGGAUGGCGAUACUGCGCGACGACGGCAGAAUAGUCAAGCGAGCAGUUCUCCUCGUGAUGGACAAGACUCGCCACGCAGUUUAUUUCUAGGAGAAAAGGCCUCGGAGCAUAAUUCGGGCAAAGGUGGACAACAAGACGGUCACGAAGACGAAUCCGAUGAACAAGAGAGCGCGUCCUCGUCUAGAAGCAGCCAGUAUUUUGAACGCAUGCAACAACCACCUGUUGCAUAUAGUAACAAGGACCCCCGCACCAGAUCAUCCUCCAAUAUAAGAUGCGCGAGGCGCCAAAGAGGCGAGUCAACUGACUUCUCGACAUCGAAAAGAACCGAAGAAGCACAAGCUGGCAUGGAUAUUGGGCAAGAACAAGGGGAAGAUGAGUCGGAUUUGCUACCAAGUUUUCGUACGCGAGGAAGCACCGCACGGCGACAGAGCCUCCUCGCGCGCACAGAGGCAAGCGACUUGUUGACGGGGCGCCCUGUGUUUCAGUGCUUAGGUACGGUCGCGUCUGCGGCAAAGAAAUCCAUUGUUGCAGCUUCCUAUUUCCGGCUCAGUGAUGCGACCACGUCAUCUCCGCAAGCGGCGAGCGGAAAUAACAACAGGGGAUUCAGAAGGACGUCAGAAAGCACGACGUCGGCGACAACGGUACGAAAGACCAUCCUCACGGAUUCCACAUCAACGUGGGUUGGUUCGUCUCCGAGACGACUGAGCGAGAUUCCCGAGUACUACGCAGAGGUACGGCAAGCGCGCAAGGAGCGCGUCGAGCAACGCAAAAAUGCGCAGCCGCUCGUUUUUGAUAAGAGAGGGCGCCUUCUCCUCGUGUCAAAAGAUGUUUCCACACAGGGGGAACAGGUGAAGCGUGUGGACGCAUUGAGGAGCAUGCCUGAUGGAGACCGAAAGCUGGCUCGGGAGGAGCUGCACAGAAUGCAUCAGGAUUUGCGAAGGCAGUUGUUCCGGAGACUCGGAGAGAUCGGCUUGUCCCAACCAGCUAUGGCCGCUGUUGCGACGACCACAGGACGCAGGACGCAAUCAGCAUCGCCCAAGCGAGAUGGCGGAGACAAGCACGACUUCGGUGUGGCGCGGCUCUUUGCCAAAAGGGAAGAAGACCGAAGGCAGGCAACCGCUCGCUCAGCGUCGCCAUCGUUUCCGGAUAGCAAAAGCAGAAAGUCCAAAAUGUAUUCGAUUGUUUUUCGAGCAACCCGUCUGCGUGCAGCUGCAAGUGGAAAAACUAUGCCCGCCUUGACAGGUGCUGGGACGUCCACUGAUUCUACAAAAAGGAAUCCGAGUCCGACUACAUUUUCACAAAGAAAGGAAGUCAAAGAUGUGGCCAUCACUCUCAGUACAGCUAUUGAAGAGAAUAACGCCAUGCGAAAGCGGGCUCGGGCGUUAUCGGCUGAUGCGUUGCUAUCCCGAGUCGUGGCGCGUCAUGAUAUCUCGCGGCUUCCGCUUGCGGGUGCAGAACAAAUGUUACAACAAGAGAAUUCUCAACGAGGUUCUGCAGAUGAGGAGGGGAAAACCUACGAACACGCUGGAAUCUUUGUCGUUUCGUCGACGCCGCGCCACAGCUUUCGGUCUUCGUGCAAGCUGCAUGAUGAUCCCUCUCUACACUUGUUGGGGUCCGGCAACCCUCCGACGUCAACCUUGAGUCAGAAAAAACGGGAACCGUCCUACCUGCCGAAGAUGUACAAGACCUCCGGCUACAUCGCGCGCAGCAGGUGGCAAGCCAUGCGAAGUGCCAUCAGUGCCAACCACGAAGCCCGUGUGCGCCUAGGUGCGGGGCUCGCUGCGCAAGAGCAGACGCAGGGAGCUAGUCCGGCAGAAGCUGUGCUUGAUUCUACAAGCGGCAAGCCGUCUUUCAGCGUUGUCAAUAAGAAGGACGAUGCAGCUGCGUCGUCUGAGCAACGAGGGAUGAAAUUCAAGAGCACCGGUGCAGUUGGAACGCGAACUACAAACAGCAAGGACACUACAACUCGCGCCCAGAGCUCUGCUAUGGUCGCCGUCGAGAACAACGACUCGCAGCGUUCAAAACUGGGAGGCUUUCAUUACAUGGAUAAUUUCAAUCAGGUUGUUCGGGCUACCAUGGUGAAGCAAAGUCUGGACGUACACUCUCCGCGACAUUGCAAGCUCAGUGCGAAGUCAGUGUGUCUUCAACUUAGUGGACGGGACCCAGUGGCUCAAGUCGAUGUUAAUGCGACAAUCCGAAACUCCACCAAUGUAAAACCGCGACGGUCCGCGCCAGCACCGCAAGGUGCAGCUCUCACCUCGCCAGGAGCUCGGACGCCGCGAGACUUUGACACUACAGCCGACGAAAAUUAUGCUGCGUUUGCCGAUGAACAGACUGCUGCGAGAAAAAGGAAGGACCACCGCGAGGGCUUGAAGACACUGAUCCGGAGUAAGGUAUCGCAAUCGCCACUACGCAGGCCGAUGAGUGGGGCUGGAGCACUUGCUUCCCCUGGCCCAGCUUUCUCUCCUGCACGACCUCAAGCGAGUAGCGCCGAUGUUUCUCCGCACACGAGUAGCAUCGCAGGUGAUUCGCGACUACUUCGGCCACGCAGUCCUAGUCCAACGUGCACGCUGUUUUCAUCUCCAGGGCACGUGGGUGGAGAAAGAGAUCGUCCUCUCUCACCUCCGAGAAGUGAGAUGAUACCCGUUUUAGUGGCACCGGCAACCCUAAAUAAAAAGAAGGAGAUGUUGACGCCGGCUUUUGCUUCUAGGGGUGGUGAGACAUCCACUUCUGUUAGUGUUAUCCGUUUAGAUGGAAAUAUAAGUGCUAGCGGAGAAGCAUGGAUGAACAGUGUUGGCUUUGCCCCACCGAAAAGGAACGUUGGCACGGAAGCGGCGACUUCGCCUAGUAUGACACGGACAGAAGUGUGGGAAGCGCAGCGAAACGAGCGCGAGGUGCGUGCAGCGCAAAUAUCGGUACUGGUGAGUCGAGCGGAUGAUGCAGCAGUUUCGGGAAAGCAAACGCGAAUGCGGGUAGAGCGAAGUCCGUCGCCCAAUGCUGGCAGCGUUAGGGAUAUCUUGGCUCUCAUCCCAAAAGAAGAGAAUUCGGCUGACGAAAUGGCAAAGGACGAAAUAAAUCGACCUCCGCAACCACCGAAUGCGCGCAACAGCGGCACACUCUCAUCACGCCUCCAAAAAGGCAAGUCAGCAGUAGAUUUUGUAGCCCCACCUAUCGAAGUGGAGGCCGUGAACAGUAAACCGCAGCAAAGUGAAGAUACAAGAACGAGCAAGACGAAGCAAAACGACACUGCGCCAGAGGACGUGCGCAAGAGCACACGUCGCUCGAUGCGACCGAGAGGGAAGUCGAUCAUCGAAUUCAUAGCCCCCAGCGAGGACGAAGGUGACGAAGAAGCUACGACUAACGGGACCAGCGCCGUUCUUGGGAAUGAAGGUGAUCAAAAAGGCGAGCACACAUUCGCGCUCGAUGCAAUUUCUGCCACGCGAGAAAAUCUCACUAGUCUAGAUGAGGAUGCAAACACUCAUUGGACAUGGACAGGGGCCUAAGUUUAGCGACUUUCGUCGACGACUUUAUUCGCAACUAAUGAAAGGCAAAGAGCAUGAACAUGUACAUGUUAAAACAACAGGAGCCAACUGAACUGCCCAUAUUUUCCUUCCUACUAAUAGAGUGAAGGGCAGUCGAGAGACUCAAUGUCAACUCAAUCAUAUUUAUAUAUAUUAUAAGUAUUAUAUAACAAAAACGUCAUGUGGAAUACUUUCCUGGCGUCUAAGUCACUAAAUAACUUUGUCUUUCUUUUUCGAUUUUUUCGAUCUGAACAUUGAGAUUUAUGCAUAAGUAGAUUGUUUCUCGAUCUUGUAUUGAUGCGAAUCCAUUUCCAUAGUUUAUUCAAUGCCAAUCAUGUCCAUUCUCGCUAGAUUUUCGAUGUUUUACCCUGCUCUGAGUAAUCAUAUGCCGAGAGACUACCUAACUAUGUAAAAAAUGCACAAUCAAUCUUGAUCUUCU